AUGGCGAGCAAGGGGUCGGCAAAGAUCGGCGAUGGCAAACAAAGCGACAGCGGUCGUGACGCGCCCGAGAGCUACGCGUUCGUGGCAGAGCCCCUGCGGCAUCACUUCAAGGUAGAACACCCAGUCCUGGGGCACGAAGCUGAUAACCAAGAGGAACAUGAGCUCGUUCGACGCGCCCGACAGACGCGAAGCGCCCAUUUAGUCGCGGAUUUACUGGCGCACUCUCCACCACCAGCUCCGACUCAAUUCCUCUACUCAAACGCUAUUGAGCGAGAGAUCACGGCUCGAAUGACCUUCACCCGUGCUCUGGGGGGUCUGGAAAAAUAUUUUGACGAUGUGACCGCCAUAGUAAAGCAGCUCCAAGCUCCAAAUUCAAGUGGUGUUAUCGAUAGAGGCGACGUGAAGAUCCCCACGCUGGUGCAAGUCCACCGCCAGAUUGUUAAUGUUUGUCAAGGCUGUUUAAGUGACUGUGACCUCUACUUGGGGAUGUACGAGCCUCUUCCGAGCCCACCUUUAGCCUCUUCGACUCCUGUUGUGAGAUUCGUUGCGUGUUCUGCAAAGAGUUCGAUGCUGUACCAGACGAUCGAGUGCCCGCCGCAGCAAUUCAUGGAGAGUGAGCAGCCUCAGACGUCGAAUAACCAGUCAGAUCACCAGAUACAGCAAGGAUCCGUGUGUAUUACGAUGCAAACCAUGGCUGCUCGAGAAGCCAUCAUCGUGGACGACGUGGCAGACCUAAGCUCAACCGAAAUCCACCGAUUUGCUGGUGACGAAGCGUCCACUGGACCAUUCUCGUGCUUCCCUAUCUUAACUGGCGAUCAAGACGAAGCUGGAAAUGCAAUCGGGGUUCUCUCCGUGGAUGCCUGCCGUAAAGCACACCGUUUACUCCCUCAGGCCAUGUCGGUUGAGGCAUUGUACGCCUUUUUACUUCGGAUGGGGUUGAACGAUGCUGCGGUGGAGCUCAAAAAGGCGAAGUUUGACGGCGCUCGGUUUCUUACCUUAACGGAGAUUGAUCUUCGGCAUAAACCGAGUUUCCAGCAUCUUAAAGUUGCUACGAAGAACCGACUUCUGGAGAUAAUCCGUUCCCUGCUGAGAGGCAGUAAGAUUCAUUUGGUAAACCCCAAUGAGCGCAUGCCUCCUUUCACUGAGGAUGACGAUGCGCUCGAGUUUCUGGAUGGAGUGGCCAAAGUUUCGGGUCGAUUCCUCGAUACCUACCGCCGUGUUCAUUGGAUUCAAGAGAUUGCCAACGUUACCCGUAACCCGGCGUGUACAGCGUACGAUGUGUACGACGUACUGAUCCGCGCUAUUACUCGAUCGAUGGAGCCCUUGGAGAGAGUGGCAAUUUGGAAACUAUCAACGAAGAAAGAUGAAAAAUCUUCGGAUAGAUUACAUGAGUGGGAGAUAGAUGCCGUGGCCUGUACGGCUGUUCCAGAGGAUCGCAUCGAACCAUUUGCCAACGGACAGAACUGGAAGGUGAGACGGAUGGCUCUUUACAAGGAGAAUGAAGACGUGAUACGAAAUUCUCAGAAGGACGGAGGUGGGGGUCACGCCCCUCUAAUGCGAGGAGGGAUCAUAAACAUCCUUCCACAUGCUACGACUUCGACUGCGUCAACACAACACAGUAGUUUACCAUACGAAAACGCAGCGUACCAUCUUUCAUGGUCUGAUCGCUCGCUCCAGUCCGUGUCUUGGGCUCAGCUUCGUCAGCUUUUGCCGAUCCGAAACAUGAACGCGAAGCAUUUCCAGCUACGACAACUGUGCCACCGCCUAGAAGCUCAAAACUAUGGAAAGGAUGCUAAUACGGGGCCUGUAGCUAUCCGAAUUGACAACCCCAACGGAUUGGUACUCCUACUUCGCGACACGUCCAGGCCCAAAUCGGUAAAGUACGCAUUGGAGGUCGACUUUGCUGCUCGAUAUGAUCCUGUGCCAGAAUUUCAGGAGUUCUUAGAGCAGGCGGUGGCUGUAGCGGAGCAAGCCCUGCAAUGCGUCCGUGGUCGGGAAGCUCGCUACUCGAAGCGCAAAUUGGCUGUAGCGAAGAACUCGCAGCGAUUUCAGUCCAUCGGCCUGAAUCCGUCUGGAGAUGCUCUUCGCGCGCUUCAAGACAUUAUUACGGGCAUAUUCGACGAUAUCGCUGACAGUUUACCAGGUGUUCAUGUGCAGAUCUCGGAGCUCCAAGCCGACGGUGCCCAGCUGAAAUACACGUUCACGGGAAAUGGGUCCACGAUUCUCGGUUGGGCACUGAACCGGGGCCAGGGAGUCUCAUUUAAAUGCCUCGACUUCAAGCAGCCGCUGGUGGUAGGACCCACUUCGGACCUUCGCUCGAGAUUACAACGCCUUGGUGUGUUUCGCAGCCUGCCUGAAGCCAUGGAGGACGCAUUUCCGUUCAUUUUCGUGCCUCUGUUCCACGAAGACUGCGCUGUCGGAGUGCUCAGCGUGGAUUCGUUCCAGAACGUGCCAAAGGGGAGGCCCGAUGAGGCCCAUCCAGAGGCUGGGAUUCUGGAGUUCCUGGUGCCUCUCAGCAAGUUGCUAGCGAGUGCCAUUUACGCCAAAAGGCGGUCGUACGCCCUCCACCAAAUCCAACUUGCCUGCCAGGAGCCCCUGCGGUCCCCGCAGCAAUUACUAUUCUAUGCGUCUCGCGCGCUGAAAGACGUCAUGGUUGGGGCCUGGAAGGUUCGGGCGGUCGAGAUCGACGGAGUACGUGGGAAAACUACGCUUGUGUAUGACUUUUCAGAGACGGAAAGGGAGCAAGCUCGCUCGUGGUUAUUCAACGUCGUGCGGCCGAUGGCGUUCCGAUGGAGGGAGCUCUGCACGGAUACAAUCGUGCACCACUUACAGAGACUGAGUCCAGACGGAGAACAAAGUGCAGAUAAUGUGAUCAAACUGUUGGCUGCAAUCCGAGAAGACGAGGAAGAGCACCAAAAGGCAGUAGAGAGGUAUCAACAACUGAUGGCGGAAGAGCGAGACGCCGCCGCCAACGCUCCCCGCCGAUCUGCGGUUGAAACGGAGAAAGCGAAACUUUUCGAGAAACAAACGGCGGAUAAAUAUUUUCUGUUGCUGAAUGACGCUGGGGAUGGACCGUUGAUUCUUAGAGAAGAUUUCGUUCCUGAAGUGGAUCGACUGUCGAGCACAAAAUACAUCGCACACGCGAUGAAGUUGUUCCUCGGGACAUCUUCUUGUAUGUACUCGGACGUCCACGCAAUGGCUCGACCGUCGUUCAAGAUGUUCUUCACCGUCACUGCGCUACCUCAAUUCCACGCAACUUGCGACCAGAUUUACCUGCAACGCGUCGCCAGCAUCACGUCCAGGUACAUGUCAGCGUUGCAAGAGCGGGUUAGACGCUCUCGUGACCGAGUGGCGGCUCUCGGUCAGUUCCGAGAUAUGUGCCAGAAGGCACUGACGGGUGAGUAUGCGGAGUUAUCCCAAAGAACUUUCGUCAUUCGAGGUGGACGCUAUCAACACAAGCUUGCUCCAGCCAAAGAAGUGGAAGUCGAGUGCUUGCUUCAAUUACAGCGAGAUACCAUCUUUCUCAUUGAACGGAGCCUGAAUUCGCCCAACGUCUACUUUGGGAUGUGGGAGCCAGCGCUGCGGAUCCUGCGGUACACUAGCGCCUCGAAGGCGAGCGUUAUGGCUGGGAAGAAGCUGAAACAUGGUCAUGGCGUGAGCUUCCUCGCGCUGGAGAAGCAAAUCCCCAUCGUCGUUACCAGUCGAGAUGUUGCAAACGAAGAAAGUGACGGCAAUUCCUACUUCAAAAGGCUCCGGUACUUUACGAACGAGCCGAUUGAAACUCGCAAGUGGCCGUUUAUUGCUGUUCCGGUUGGGAAUCUCGGCAUUCUCGCGCUGGACAACAUGGAAUCAUAUGAACAGGAGUCCCAAGAGCAGCAGCCAGAACUGGGAGUGGUCGAUUUCUUACGUAAAAUUGGGCAAAGUUUCGCUGAGGUCCUCACCGUCAUUCGGGAGCGAACUGUUCAAGAGCGCCAGCUUCUUCGUGACGAGGCUCUGGUCCGCGUGAUGUCCGCGUGUGAGAAUUUCAAGCCGACCUCCAGUUCCAUUGGUACCGUAUCGUUGUACCUUCCGCAUCUAGUCAUUCAGAACAUUGAGAAUGCCCUCAAUGGUGUGGACGCCUAUAUCGGACUUGUGGACCCCCUGUGCGAGCGCAUCCGCUUCAUCUGCGCGUCCUCCAACAGCAAAAUGGACAAGAAGACGGUCGAUACGCAUCAGAGUUUGUCCUUCCGGGCGUUUGCGAGCCAGCGGACGAUUGUGAUCCCACAGCUGCAGCAGUACUUUAAGCAGCAGAGAGUUCUCCAGCAGCACGAUACGGAACACGGCCAGAAGCUGAAGUACUUUGGACGCGCUGAGAGUCCACAAGGACCGUUUGUCUGCAUCCCAAUCCCAUUCGUCGGGGUUUUAUCCGUGGACACGUUCUCUGGAGCUGCAGGCGGAGUCUUCUCCCCUUCGUUCCCUGAAGAUGGCGUCGUGGCGUUCCUGGAGAAAGUUGCCAACUUCCUAGGAGAAAACAUCCGCACCAUGGCGGCAAAUGUCGCGCGGAAGCUGCUGCCAACGCUGUUCCACGGCAACCGAACGACGUUCCAGGUGCUGUUUGCAGAGGUUUUAGGCAUAAUUUCUCACAACCUUCUCGCUGUCUUUGUCAUGGAAGCAGUCCGGUUCGAGCGUAAUGGUAGCAAUGGACACUGGACGAAGAAGGCACUGCUGGCUUCCAUGAGGCGCCCCGAGACUCUGGUCGUGCACUGCUCGCCGACUCGGGAUGUGGGCAAUGAUGAGGCCGCGCUGGUACCGACGGUUCUUGUUCUACGUCGCGUUAAGGGAGCAACUUGGAUGUACGACGAGGAGUUUCUACUCUCGAUUCUACCGCUGGUAAACUCUCUGAUUGAGAUGGUGAAUGUUCGGGUGGAGGGGAUCGUGGCAAGGCGACUGGCAGAGCGCAGGGUUCAAGUGUUGUGUUCAUCACUUGAUGCCUUGCCGUCUGCAGAGGCGGUGGAUACGAUGCAUGCUACCGUCUUACCGAGUGCGAUGGAAACGUUAGCUCAGGCAAUGAGUCGAGACAACGCCGAUGCGUACUUAGGCCAGCGAGAGCUCACUGACCGAAGCAAGAGCCGAGUAUCUCACCUUCAACUCCGCUUUGUCGCCGCCUCCAGUCAAAGUCGUAUGAAGGAUGUUGCCAUCAACCUCGAGGAAGAGGAGAAUUUGUCUCUGACGGUGGUUCAGUGCCUCAAGAUGCAAAAGCCAGCAGUGGUGAUUUUAUCUCGUGAGAAUCCUCCCGUCCGUCAACUGACUACGAAACCUGCUCAGCGAGUGUUCAUUGGCGUCCCAAUGGGGGACAACUACGUAUUGUGCGCGGAUAGUUUGGGACAAGAAGCGUUUAUCCCCGGCAAGCGGCAGGUAGUGGAGCCAGACGUCAUCUCGUUCUUGAAGAGGAGCGCGUCCACUCUGCAAGACGCGAUCCUGUCGACACGCCACCGUCUGAGCUACGAUCGACUACGCAGUCUAACCACUCGCUCUCACUCCGACUGCCGACUAUUCUACACAACGAUCCUGGAUGGAUUGCGCCGUGAUUUAGUGAGUCUGCACUCGCAGCAAAUUUUAACACUUGGGGAGGAUUUCACCGCUUCAUUCCGCCUGGAAGCCUGGCAGCGCGCGUGCACUCGACGACGGAUGAAGGCGCUACCGGAGCAUUUCUGCUCGGUCAACGGGUGUCAACGAGCGCUAAUCGAGCAUGAAGUCCACUCGGAAGCUCAGAUUUCCUUGCCCAUGACGAAUUUACCUCGCACUUUGGACUCGAGUCGAGCCCGGAUGCAGCCCGCGGAAGGGACGGAGAAGCACGGGAUGUUCACCUGCGGCUGCCUCGCCACGAUGCUGGAUGCGUCGACUACCUCUCAACAUGGAGACGCCAAGGUUGCACUAUGUGUAUUCAGCCACGACGCGAAGGCGAAUGAAAGUCGAAGCAGUUCACGAAUGCUGCGGCGUCAGAUGAUGCCACCAGAUUAUGGAGACAGCUCUGCGUUUUUCACGAACUACCAGCGGCAGUACUUCUUCGCCUUUGCUGCGGUUGUGUCGGACGCCUACGUGCACGUAUUUCGCGCCUGUGCUCUAGAAACUUUCGCUACCGAGUUGUUCAUGACGCUGCAGGAGUACCUGGACGCCAGGGACGGUGUAGUCGUGCGCUAUGACUACAGGAAGCAAGCAGAGGCUGGAACGGGAGCUCAAGCUGACUCGAGCUAUAUCGAGCCGGUGGUGCUGUUUAGUCAGCAGCCAGGUAAAACUCCACCCAGGCAGCCUCUACGCGGGAAGCUUGAGAGGAAAGCAGGGCAAUUCGAAGCCUCCAACGCUCCACUGACGAUAUUCAUGACCAAGAAGGCCCUCCCAGCGCCCCCAGCCAAACCCUCGACAGAUUCCACGAGAUUUUCAUCCAAGUCAAAGUCGAAGGCGGUUGACGACAAACCUUCUAAACGUAAAGGACCGAUGUCAAUGUUUAGUGGCAAAAAGCUGUUCCGCUAUGGCAAAACCAAGAAGAAAGAGGAGGAAGAAGAGAAGGCGAAAGAGCAGGAACAACUGAUGAAAUCCUCCGCAGAGUUGAAGGCCCUCUCCCCUUCGCGAGCGCAGCAGCUUCGACACGAAACCGUGUCGUUGCAUGUGUUUUUGCGAGUUUUGGACUUCCAAGGACGCCACGACGUCAUCGUCUUCACAGUCGAGAAGCAGUCGAUCCAAGCUGUGAGCGCCGUGGAGAAGCUCACUCGUCAUGUAAAAAGCCGUGCAGAUACUCUUGCCAAUGAGAUGAUAGUCAAACCACCACGAGGGGAUGAAGAAGUCAACGCCAGACGCUUCUGCUCGGAUGCGUCAUCCUCGCUAUCUAACGAUCGCGGUGGUGGUGGAUUUCUGGUUUUAUCGCUGCUGAAGCAAGCCCAAGCGAGAUUUCAAGAGGUCGAAGCGCUAUUCGGUGGGGCCAUGCGUCAGUAUCUCACUGGAGCGCAGAGCACAGCUCGUGACCCUCGCUCUAACGCUUCGGAAGCUUUAACCGCUCUAUUCGGCAGCUCAAGCUCAAAAGACGACGCAGAAAACACAACAUCUACGCCCACGACUGCGCUACUUCGCGUGGCCCUCGUAGCAUGCUCCUUGAAGCGUGACACCAUCAUGUCGCUCAACAAAACCGAUCUGCUGAAGGAAUAUCUGCGCGUUCAGGCUGGACGCAAACUGCUGCAACUCGACCCCACAGACAGGAAGAACUGGGGCCCGCUCGGUCGUGCUCGCACUCUGCUCAGAAGCUUCGACAACGUGAUCCACGAGCUCGGUCCGCAUCCAGAGGACAGCGUCAAACCUGCCGGAGUCAAGUCGGAGGCACAAUGGGCACUGCAUACGCUACUCGACCUGUUCCUGGCUCAGUCGGCUGUGGUGCGAUAUCUGAAAUACCUCGAGACGGAGUUCGCACGUGAACGCCGUCAGUUUGGCGACGCUCCUGCGACUACGGUGCAGUGUUUCGUGCGUCAGACGCAGGCGCGGGUUGAGCUCAAGAAGCGCCGACGGGAGUUCCACGCUGCGUUGGUCAUUCAGUGCGCUUUCCGCCAGCAUUUAGCUCGUCGUCGCGUGUUAUUCAUGAAAUGGGUCCGAGCGGCAGUCAAGAUCCAGCGUGCGUACCGACGGAAGCGCCAGCGAGCAAAGGGGUCUCGACCCCAGCGGUUUACGGCCCAGUUGCUGUCGGCGUCGCAGAACGUUGGGGCUAUGGGUCGAUCUCCGUCUGUCGUAAGGAAUGAGAACCUAGCGGGUGGAGCGUGGCGGACGGAUAUGGCAGCGUUCGGGUCAUUCCAGGACUACAUGGGCAGCAAGGUGGGUCGAGAGCAGGUUAAGAAGGAGGAGGAGCUCAUGUGGCGCCACCGCCGAGAGUUGGAGAAAGAACGAGCUCGUCUUCCUCGUGACGAGGCACUGCGAGAAGAUGUCGGGGACUUGUUCGAGUUGCUGGACGACGCUGGGAGUGGGGAAUUGUCCCGAGAGCGCACGGCUGCGCUGAUCACUCGGCUGCACGUUCCGUUGAAUGAGGAGGAAGUAGCGGAUGUGGUUGCGAUGAUGGACAGCGACGGCCCCGGGGGCAUCUCCAUGGACGAGUUCAUGCGCUGGUUUGCGCACGAGUUCCCGCUACUGCAGAAGCGAGCCCCACAAGUGUGUGGAGUGGUCACUCGAAAGGACUGGCAGUGGGUCAUUGAGCAGUCAGCGAGAUCUGCGAUCUUGAAAAGGUGGAGAGCGAUGCGUGCAGGAGCGAUGGCCACUUCGCCAGGCGGGAAUGCAAAUACUCAGAACGAAGCAAUUCAGGAGGAUGAAGAGGAAGAAGACGAUGGCAGUGGGGGUGAAGAUGAGGGAUAG